AUGCCUUGCGCGGAAGAAGGCAACCGUCGUAUUGUGUACACGCAACAGGUGGUUCUGAUGGCGUGUACCGGUUUGUCCCGGUAUCGCCGCCUCGUGGAAGCGCCGCACGUGGAUAGGAACGAGGUGGUCGAAGACGCGGAGACAUGGGCAGUGGCUGUACAGGAGAUGUGCCCUGACAAUGAGGGCAAUCUGGGACCCAUCGAGCAG